UCACCUCUCGACGAAACUUUUCUGCACCUUCCCGUUCGCCUUCCUCCCGCUGCUGCCGCUGCCAGCGCAGCUGCAUGAGCUGGUCUGUCAUUUUUGCUCAUUUUCGCUCUGGGGAUGAGGGGACGACCUAGCCUGGACCAGAACCAGCAGCUGAAGAGGAGAAGAAACCGCGAGCGAACCUCACAGGAGAGCGUACCGACGAGCUAUCUCACGAUCUAAGCCCGUGCGAUACCGUUGCUCGAUCGUGGGUGAAGGCUCACGAACCAAUCAAGCCCGACGGUUGUUCUUCGUUGGCGCCAAAACUUCUCUUUGGAUCGCGGGUUAUAUUUCAGCGCGGGUCACGCUGGUAGUUAGUCCCUAAGUCGAGCCAGCGAUGGCGGAUUCGGCGUCAGAUUCGGCGGCGGGUUUGGCGCCGGAUUUGACGAAGCAAUCAGCCAUCGCUGCACGUGAGGCAGAAGCGGCGCGUCGAACGGGUCGCAUGUCCGACGGCAUGUGCGCUGGUGCCUAUGCUGACUCGCUGAAAUGUCUGGAUAAGAACAGCUACGACAAGAGCAAGUGCGAGGACAAGUUCGACGCGUACAAAGAGUGCAGAAAAGUAGAGCGGGAGAAGCGAUUGGAAGCAAACAGCAAAAAGUCGUUCUUUGGAUGACCUUACAUGAGGUAGUAGGUACCAGCAGCUCCUAAUGUUUGAUAUUCUCUGCUUUGUAAAAAAAAAUGUGUUUUUGUGUUUAUUCCUUAGUGUCUGAAAAGAAGGCCCUCGACCAACUUUCCCGUGCUGUGACAGAAUACUG